UUCUUCUGGUCGUAGCAACCGGUUGGUACCAAUCAUGAACCUUUGCCCGAGUUACACCAUUAAUGGGGUGAAUUCUGCUGAACCGCCCUGGUACCACCAUUGAUGGAGUAGUGCGUAGGCAACAGUCGCAGGAGCACGUCAGUUGCCAUAAAUUGGCCUCCCGGGACGAGACUUUUUCUUCUCCUUGCCGCUUGGCGCUUGCAGUUGCACUACACCGGAGUGAGGCAGUGAGAUUGGUGGAGGAGAGUGCGGCGAGGAGGAUGGGAACGGUAGCGCCUAGCGUCGAUGAGGCUGCAGGGGGCGGGCAGCCGCUUGGGCUCGGCGAGGCUGUGAGCGAGACGGUGGGCGAGCUGAGGGCGGCGUACGAGAGCGGCAGGACCCGGAGCCUGGAGUGGAGGCAGUCCCAGCUCAGGGGGCUCCUCCGUCUCUUGGCGGAGGAGGAGACGGCGGCGUUCCGAGCGCUCCGCCAGGACCUCGGCAAGCACCACGCCGAGGCCUAUAGAGACGAGAUCGGCGUGCUCGUCAAGUCCGCGAACGCUGCUCUGCGGGAGGUCGGCAAAUGGAUGGCGCCGGAGAAGGUGUGGGUGCCGCUAAUUGCUUUCCCGGCGAGGGCGCAACUGGAGCCGCAGCCGCUCGGGGUCGUGCUCGUCUUCUCCUGCUGGAACGUCCCCUUGGGACUCUCUCUGGAGCCGCUUGUUGGGGCGGUGGCGGCCGGCAAUGCGGUCGCGCUGAAGCCGUCGGAGCUGGCGCCGGCCACCGCUAAGUUCCUCGGCGACAACAUCGGCAAGUACAUGGACGCCACGGCCGUGAAGGUCAUCCAGGGCGGGCCGGAGGUGGGCGAGCAGCUCAUGGAGCACAGAUGGGACAAGGUCCUUUUCACUGGGAGCCCGCGCAUCGCGCGCGUCGUGAUGGCCGCGGCCGCGAAGCACCUGACGCCCGUGGCGCUGGAGCUCGGCGGGAAGUGCCCCUGCAUCUUCGACACGAUGGGUGGCAGCGCGCGGGACCUGCAGACCGCGGUGAACCGCGUCGUCGGCGGCAAGUGGUCGUCCUGCGCCGGCCAGGCCUGCCUAGCCAUCGACUACGUCCUCGUCGAGGAGCGCUUCGUGCCCGUCCUGAUCAAGGCGCUCAAGUCGACGCUGAAGAAGUUCUUCGCUGACUCGGAUCACAUGGCGCGGAUCGUCAACGCGAGGCACUUCCAGCGGCUGAGCGGCCUUCUCAAGGACAAAUCGGUGGCGGCGUCCGUCCUCCAUGGCGGCACAUUGGACGCCAAGAACCUGUGCAUCGAGCCCACGAUUCUGCUGAAUCCCCCACUCGACUCGGCGAUCAUGACCGAGGAGAUCUUCGGCCCUCUGCUGCCCAUCAUCACGGUCAAGAAAAUAGAAGACAGCAUCGCCUUCGUGAGAGCGCGGCCAAGGCCACUUGCCGUCUACGCGUUCACCAAAAACGCCGCUCUGAGGCGCCGCAUCGUCGAGGAGACGUCGUCCGGGAGCGUCACGUUCAACGACGCAGUUGUACAAUACGGGAUUGAUUCGCUGCCGUUCGGUGGCGUCGGCGAGAGCGGAUUCGGGCAGUAUCACGGCAAGUACUCCUUCGAGAUGUUCAGCCACAAGAAGGCGGUUCUGACGAGAGGCUACCUCAUCGAGCUGACGGCCAGGUACCCGCCGUGGGAUGACAGCAAGAUCUCCAUGAUGCGACAGCUCUACCGUUACAAUUACGUCGGAUUCGUCUUAACCUUCCUUGGUCUAAAGAAGUGAGGAUUUGGAGGGAGGAAUUUGCGAUGGCUUUGUGGAAUCUUAUUGAAUGGAUUUAGCCCAAGAGACUACUGAUGAGUGAAUAAAUUAAUAGACAUAUAUCGCUUAGUGAGUAAUAAGAAUCGGAUUUACACUUGCUAGCAUACCGUGGUGUGGUGAAAAGGUGCUACCUGUAAUGUAUGUUUCGUCGAGAAGCCACCUUUAUGAGUAGUAAGGUGAAUGUAAGGUGCAAUUUCA